AUGGCAGAUCUCAAGGUUGAUCUGACUGCCCCCAACGGCAAGAAGAUCACGCUUCCCACUGGCCUUUUCAUCAACAACGAGUUUGUCAAAGCUACAGGUGGACAAACCAUUACGAGUAUCAGUCCAACCGAUGAGUCGGAGAUAGCCACUGUUGAGGCUGCCUCUGCUGAUGACAUUGAUAAGGCAGUUGCGGCAGCACGGGCUGCCUUUGGCGAUCCAGCAUGGCGAGAGCUGCCCAACACCGACCGUGGUGCUCUGAUGUACAAACUCGCUGACCUGAUUGAGGAGAAUAAGGAGAUCCUGGCAACCCUGGAUACUUGGGACAAUGGCAAACCAUACCAGGUAGCUCUCAACGAGGAUCUAGCAGAGGUCACCGGUACUAUUCGUUACUACGCAGGCUGGGCAGACAAGAUUCACGGAUCAACCAUCCCAACUACUGGAGCCAAAUUUGCCUAUACACUGAAGCAGCCCAUCGGCGUCUGCGCCCAGAUCAUUCCUUGGAACUACCCCUUGGCCAUGGCGGCGUGGAAGUUGGGUCCUGCCCUCGCUGCUGGCAACUGUAUAGUUCUCAAGCCUGCCGAGCAGACGCCCCUCUCGAUUCUAUACUUUGCCCAGCUCAUUCCAAAAGCGGGCUUCCCUCCUGGUGUCAUCAAUAUCGUCAACGGUUACGGUCGUGAAGCCGGACAAGCCCUCGCCUCUCAUCUCGACAUUGAUAAGAUCGCCUUUACCGGGUCCACCGCCACCGGCAAACAGAUCAUGAAGACUGCCAGUGUCAACAUGAAGAAUAUUACCCUCGAGACCGGCGGCAAGUCACCAUUGAUCGUGUUUGACGAUGCCGACUUCGAGCAGGCCGCCAAAUGGGCGCAUGCGGGUAUCAUGAGCAACCAGGGCCAGAUCUGCACUGCUACCUCACGAGUUCUUGUCCAGGAGAGCAUCUACGACAAAUUCGUUGAGAAGUUCACCGAGACAGUCAAGUCGACAUCAGUAGUUGGCGACCCCUUCAAGGAUGACACCUUCCAAGGUCCUCAGGUGACCAAGGUGCAGUACGAGAGAGUGCUCGGCUAUGUCGAGACGGGAAAAAGCGAGGGUGCCAAAUUGUCUCAUGGUGGUGUUCCUUACAAGAACGUGGGAGAGGGCAAAGGAUAUUUCAUCGAGCCCACCGUGUUUACGGAUGUGCAGCCGAGCAUGAAGAUCUAUCAGGAGGAGGUAUUCGGCCCGUUCGUCGUGCUUGUCUCCUUCAAGGAUGAAGCAGAGGCCAUCAAGCUGGCAAACGGCACAACGUACGGGCUUGGAAGCGCAGUAUUCACGCAGAAUAUUGAAAAGGCACACCGUGUGGCGCAGAAGAUUGAGGCUGGUAUGGUUUGGAUCAACAGCUCGCAAGAUAGCGAUUUCCGGGUGCCUUUUGGUGGUGUUAAGCAGAGUGGUAUUGGGCGGGAGCUUGGUGAAGCCGGCCUGCAUUCGUAUUUGCAGGAGAAGGCUGUCCAUGUCAACAUGGGCACCAAGCUCUAG